AUGCCCCAGCCGCCCCCUCCGCCCAACUCACCGCCCGGCAGAUUGCCUCGUCGCCCUUUUCCCCUCACGCCCCUGCCACCUCCCCGGCGGAGAGCCGAGAGCCGCGGGGGCGAGCGCGGCGGCGGCGGCGGCGGCGGCGGCGGCGGCCGGGAGCCUGCGCUGGGCUCAGGUCUCCGCUUGGGAUCUAGGGCAGCCCCAGGGGUGUCCUGCUCGGAGGAAUGGCAUCUGCCUUGUGAUGAGGAGCAGUUCAGACGCCCCCUUCUGAGCCCUUCGCCGUGUCCGACGGGUGUGUUUGUCUGUUUGCUUGCAGAACCUGCCUUCGGGGAAGUGAACCAGCUCGGGGGGGUGUUUGUCAACGGGAGACCCCUGCCCAAUGCCAUCAGGCUGCGGAUUGUGGAACUGGCGCAACUGGGUAUCAGGCCGUGUGACAUCAGCCGGCAGCUCCGCGUUUCCCACGGCUGUGUCAGCAAAAUCCUGGCUCGCUACAACGAGACGGGCUCCAUCCUACCGGGGGCUAUCGGAGGCAGCAAGCCUCGGGUCACCACCCCUACGGUGGUAAAACAUAUCCGGACCUACAAACAAAGGGAUCCGGGCAUCUUCGCCUGGGAGAUCCGGGAUCGCCUGCUGGCCGAUGGCGUGUGUGACAAGUACAACGUGCCGUCGGUCAGCUCCAUCAGCCGCAUCCUCCGGAACAAAAUCGGGAACCUGUCUCAGCAGAGUCACUACGAGUCCUACAAGCAGCACCAGCCGCCCCCACAGCCUGCUCUGCCCUACAACCACAUCUACUCCUACCCCAGCCCCAUCGCUGCUGCGGGAGCCAAGGUGCCCACCCCUCCCGGGGUGCCAGCGAUCCCCAGCACCAUGGCCAUGCCCAGGACGUGGCCGUCCUCCCACUCGGUGACGGACAUCCUGGGGAUCCGGUCCAUCACAGACCAAGCAGUGAGCGACACCUCGCCUUACCCCAGCCCCAAGGUGGAGGAAUGGAGCAGCCUGGGCCGAAGCAGCUUCCCCGCCCCGGCCCAGCACGCCGUGAACGGGCUGGAGAAGAGUUCCCUGGAGCAGGAGGCCAAGUACAGCCAGGUGAUCUGGAUGGCACCCCAUUCGAACCCCAUUUGUGAGACCUGCCUCUUACUGGCCACCUGCUUCCACGGCCAAAACACAGUGCCCUGCCCACCAACCCACAUGGCUUCAGGGCACUCCACCCGGAUGAAACUAAUAAAGAAAGUCAGAGAGGCACCCAAUGGCCUCCCGGCUGUCAGCAGUUUUGUGUCAGCACCUGCCAUGCCUCCCUACGCCACACCAGCCCAAGUGUCACCUUACAUGACGUACAGUGCUGCCCCGUCCAGCUACAUGGCCAGCCAUGGCUGGCAGCAUGCUGGCGGCACCGCGCUGUCCCCUCACAGCUGCGACAUCCCCACCUCGCUGGCAUUCAAGGGCAUGCAGACGGCCAGGGAGAGCAGCCACUCGGUCACGGCCUCUGCUCUCUGAUGCAGGAGCUGGUCCAGGACAACCACGAGCCCACUAGCUGGUCGUCCCCUGAGCCCGGCUCACAGACUGCUCUCUUCAUGCCGGUGAUAUCUGGCGUUUCUCCUUGUGACUUGUCUCCCAUAAUGCUUUUGGGAUUGAAAGAGCUGAAGACAACAUCAGAAACAGAGAAGUGUGGUGUUGCGCUCUUUAAGUAAAGACCUUGCGUCCCUCAAAGGGCUCGUGGAGCCUUGUCCCACUCUCUCCUGGUCAAACCACACGUAUUUAUUCUUAAUCAUCACAGACUUUCUAAAUGUGCAAUUGUUAUUAAGAUUUGUGUAAAAAUCAAUAAAAAAAUCACCACAGAAAAUUCUGCUACGCCUCAACUCAGCAAAGGCGGCUAAAUGGGAGGUGGUUGCCGAUUGCCAAGAGAUCAACCCUUUCAUCGAUGAGGUUAUACAAUCCACGCCUAUUGAGAGAUCACUUUUUGGUUGUUUUGUUGGGUUUUGGAAAUCAAACAUAGAACCAAAGCAAUAGGUGCCUCUCAGAUUCUUCUGGCAUGUUGCCAUCGUCAGGCAGUAGAAAUACCUUUGUGUUUUUAUCCAUUUGUAAAUAUAGGCUUUUCACAGCAUUUGUUUUCACCUUCCAGUACAUUUAUUUCUACUUUUUUUUUUUUUUUUUUUUUUUAAGUUAAAAGGUGACUUUCUAGCUAUUUGCUGUGUCUUUGUGUGGUGGGGUGAUAGUCUCAGAUGAUGAGGUUUUAGGUAAGGUUUUUUUUCAUCAUGUUUUUGUGCCUACAGCGGAGGCUUGCUUCAACAUCUCAUGAAAUACAGUUAUUUCUUUAGCAGAAGAUUCAAAGGCAGAAAUCCAGCCAAGUAAUUCUCCCCACCUAUAGCCAGCCUUCCACAUUCAUGAAACAUCACAUCUGUGUUAAGUAUACAAACAGAAAUGGGUAGAAAAUACCUGAAUGAAACUGAAAACUGUAGCGGAAAAUGCCAUUAGGGCGCAGCCUGUGCAGAGAUGCUAACAAAGCCGUGUCAGUCAACAAACUCACUGCAAAACAGAAUUGUACCAUCAUUGUCAGCUCGCUUGUGUCCAUGAUUUUUGGCCCCAAGAUUAUGCUGUAAUUUUUUAAAGAGGAAGUUGUCAUUAAUUUCUGCUUUGAUGAAUGUAAAAUAUGGCUCUUGGUAAAUUUUACAUUGUCGUUCUGAAGCAUUUUUUUCCCUUGUAGGUAUACUGGUGGUGGUGCUACAAACACAGAUAUUAUUUAAUAUUAACAAAUUCCCUUUCUACAUUUCUGUAUCCAGUGGCAAGUACUCUGUGCCAGUUAUUUUGCUUUAAACUUUAAUCUCAAGAAAGCUAACACUCUGAUCUUUGAAAAUUUACUUAUUUUCCUUGGGCAAUAAUAAAGU